UGAGGUCCUGAAAACGAUCACCGCCGGUUAUCGUGUCUAAGCUCUCCUAACCGUCGGAGGUUUGGACCCCACAUCCCCCGGGACACCUGUGGCAGCUUAUCUGGCGGGGUAUCACUCCACGACGUUAUUAACAGCGCUGACUGCACUUAUUCGCGGAGUGGACUGCUCCUGGUAUACGAAGUGGCUCGCUUAAUCUCUCAAAGUCCCCAGCGCCAAAGCCCAUCAUAUAAGUAUUCCACCUGGCCUUCCGUGGCGAUUUGUGGAGGCAAAGUGAAACGGGCCUUGUAUAGUAUAAGUGACUAAAGUGUGUAAGUCCGGGUGGACCCUCUAGUACAUCACAUGCUAUACUUUUAUAUCAAUCAUGGAGAAGGCAGCUGUAAAAAGCGAGGGUCUUGUGAUCCCGCUUAUCGACUUCUCCAAGUUUCUGAACGGAAACCCAGACCAGCGCAAACAAACCGCAAAUGCUAUUUUGGAGGGGUUUCAGAAUGCAGGCUUUAUUUACCUAAAAGGAUUGCCCUUUACGCCAGAGUACCGGAAGCACAUCUUCGAUACCUCUGCGAAAUACUUCCGUCUUCCGUCAGAGACAAAGAUGUCACACUGUUGGACGACGCCCGCAGCAAACCGUGGAUACUCGGCCCCAGGACGCGAGAAGACUACGGAGCUGACCGACGCUGAUGCGGUCAAGAAGCUGCGCGAGGGCAACCCAGAUCUUAAGGAGUCGCUCGAGAUCGGGCGGGAGGGUGUGCCAGACCACCCUAACCAUUGGCCCGAGGAGAAGGGUGAGCUCGUCGACUUCAAAACCGUCAUGACGAAGUUCCACGAUGAGUGCAAGGAGCUGCACAUGGAGGUGAUGCGCGCCAUAGCUGUGGGCAUUGGCUUGGAUGAAGGCUACUUUGAUAGCUUUACCAACGUCGGAGACAACACUCUGCGCCUGCUUCACUACCCCGAGGUCCGCAAAGAUCUCUUCACCAUCAACCCAGGACAGGUCCGCGCUGGUGCGCACAGUGACUAUGGCAGCAUCACUCUGCUCUUCCAGGAUAUGAGGGGUGGAUUACAGGUCAAGAGCCUGAAUGGCACCUUUGUGGACGCAACACCGAUUGAGAACACAUGCGUGGUGAAUGCAGGCGAUCUACUAGCCAGGUGGAGCAACGACACGAUCAAGAGCACGAUCCAUCGUGUUGUUGAGCCGCCGAGUGGUGACGGCGCCGUGUACCCUGCGAGGUAUAGCAUUGCCUACUUCUGCAACCCUAACUUCGAGAGCUAUAUCGAUGCCAUUCCUGGAACGUUUGCUACUGAGACAGAGAAGAAGUACCACGGAAUCAAUAGUGGUGACUACCUGGUGCAGAGGCUGGCCGCUACUUACUGAACGAUUCACUGAAAUAAGUAUGAGUGUAUGAAGACCGAGGAUGAAGCAGCAUUAUUCGAUGGUGACAACGUCAAGUAUUUUUAUAAAAAAGAAGAUGAAAAACCCCCCCCCUCUUUAAAAUAUACUUGAAACCAGUAAAAGCUCUCUAGCAUGAAAUUCUUGACAGAAACUUCUAGAUCACAGCAGUCCAACGUCAUGACAUUAGGAGAAAUCUAGACCCAUUCUGCAAAGCCGUUACUAUAGACAUUGAGUACGUACGUAGCAGCUAUGGAGCCACUGACCGACCCCUGAUAAUCGGAAGCGUGGGGAGAUUUGUAGUUCCGCUCAGUGGGAGCAAAUGCCCCGCUGACCAACGUCACACCCCACUGACACCAAG